AUGGCGGACAUAGAAGCUGCAAAGCAAGCUGCGGCCAUUGAGGCCGUGCGAAACCAUUUCCCUGAGAACCCACGCUUCGUUGGUAUCGGCUCUGGUACGACCAUAGUCUACGUUGUUGAAGCGAUCAAGAAUUGCGGAGUGGACGUUUCAAGAGUCGGAUUUGUACCAACCGGAUAUCAAUCGAAACAGCUCAUUAUAAACGCUGGUCUGGUGCCGAUUGAAUUCGACGCACUUCCGGACGAUGUCAUGAUCGACAUCGCCUUCGACGGGGCAGACGAAGUGGAUGAGGAACUGAAUUGUAUCAAAGGAGGAGGUGCCUGUCUAUACCAGGAGAAGCUAGUGGCUAUGCGUGCAAAGCAAUUUAUUUGUGUCGCCGAUCAUCGAAAACUCCAACGGCGUCUGGUUACAAAGUGGCCAACCGUCCCCAUAGAAGUCGAACCCAAGGCUGCCCGGCAGGUGAUGCAACGACUGCGGAUGCUGGGGAGUCGGAGUCCAACAGGCAUAGGUCCAAGGAUCAGGGAAGGCCAUAUGGCUAAAGCUGGUCCAAUAAAGACCGACCAGGAUUUCUUUAUUGUCGACGCCCCGUUCCCACAUCCGCUUCUGAUCGCCGACGACCUUACCGAAGAUAUCCUGGGCGACGGCGAGGGCGGCCAUUGGGAAGUGGAGCAGCUUGCCAAAGCGAUCAAGGACAUCAAUGGCGUGCUUGCUGUUGGUCUCUUCUGCGGACCGACAGGGCCCGAGGCCCUUACCGCUGGAGUGGUUGGCGGUCAACGACCAGUUGCAUGUUACUUUGGCAUGGCUGAUGGCACUGUGUCUUUGCGGAAAGCCCGGGAAAAGCGACACUCAAUUGUUGCCAAAUACCCUCCGUUAAUACCGGUGCACUCGGCUGAAGUGGAGGCCGUGGUGGUUGACAACUGA